AUGGUUGUAUGUUCCCUUGGCCGUGGUCCUCUAAUGUUCGAUUAUGUGCCCCCACUCGUGAUGCGUCGACUAUUUGUGAUAUAUGGUGGCAAGUGGAACGAGGCUGGUACGAUGUACGAAGGUGGGGUCAUGGGUGGGCUAGAUGUUGAUGAAACAAUAACAUAUGCCAACCUAGUAAGUGCCUUGCACAUGCUUACUAGAAUUGAUCCUGACCAAUUUGAUCUUAUUGUACAGUGCGUAUAUAGAUUUGAUUUUCGGUAUGAAGUCCCGAACUAUCUAAUAUUUGAUGACAGCAGUUUGAAAUUCUAUUUGAACGGCCCUCCUGAUCCGUCACAAGUACCCUUAUACGUAACCGUCAUACCUAAAGCAUCAUAUGGUAGUGGGAGCAGGAGAGGAAAUAAUUUUUUCGAAACCCAAACAUCGUCUUCAUUCCCAUAUUACCCAAGGCAGAAUGAUCCAUGUUUUGGCCGUACUAUUUCUAUUGACUCUCCUCUUGAUGAUGUCGGUCUUCCCUCAUUUAUCCCACAGAUUACACCAUUAGCCGAUAACGUUAUCCCAUGUAACCUAGACGACGACGAAUCUCCAUAUUAUGGUCAACUGUACGAAAACGAGGUUGAGUACAAAUUUCAGAGUGAUGAUGAGUAUGAUUAUGACGAAUAUCGUACCGAGGAUGGGGUUGAGGGCGAUGGUGGGAAUGGAUAUGACAAUGGGGAGGAGGAUGAAUAUCAUACCGAGGAUGUGCUUGACGAACAUUAUGAGAAUGAAGGUCAACAUGUUCAUGAGUCGCAUACAAUGAGUGGGAAUGCACCUUAUCAAACAGUUGAAGAAGUUGUUUCACGUCCGAUGCAGAAUAUCAUAACUGGCAAUGGGUCCGACUUCAUAGGUGAAAUUGCUGUUAAGGGUAUUUUCCAUUCGAAGGUAGAACUACGCUUCAAACUUUUGCGUGCAAAGAGUAUCCAAGGUGGUGACUCAUUCAUCAUUUCGAAGUUUAAUGAUGUUCACAAGUGCAAACGUGAAGUACUGAAUCAUGAUCACAGGCAAGCUCGGAGUUGGGUGGUUGGUCAGUUAGUGAAGUCCAAUCUGGAGGAUGUCAGUCGCCAGUACAAACCUAAAGACAUUAUUAACGACAUGCGAAAGAACUAUGGGGUGAACAUUAGAUAUGAAAAGGCAUGGAUGGCGAAAAAUGUUGCCUUGAAUCUGCUAAUAGGGUCACCUAAGCAUUCAUAUACUUUGUUAUGCAAAUAUGGUGAAGCAUUGAAGGUUGUUAAUGCAGGCACUGUUUUUGGAGUGGAACUGGAGGAAGAUAAAUAUUUUAAGUACGCGUUCAUGGCCCUAGGUUGCUAUAUUAGAAGGUUCUCCAGUUGUAUCCGCCCAGUGCUGGUGAUAGAUGGUGCACAUCUCAAGGGUAAAUAUAGAGGUGUUAUUCUUAUUACUUCUUCUGUUGAUGGCAACAAUCAAAUAUAUCCUCUUGCCUUUGAACUUGUCGAUCAAGAGAGUGAUCAAUCAUGGACUUGGUUUCUGAACAUGGUCAAGACGUGUAUUGGAAAGGUCGAUGGGUUAUUAUUCGUAUCUGAUCGACAUGUGUGCAUUACGAAAUCUAUUAGGCAGGUCUUUCCACAAGUAGCUCAUAGAAUAUGCAUGCAACACUUGUCUACGAACCUGAAGGACAAGUUCAAGGACGAUGUCAUGCAAGAAAUGUUCAUAUUAGCGGUAAAGGCUUGCCGGAAAUCAGAGUUCAGAUACUAUUUCUCCCAACUAGCAGGAUUUCCAGAGGUCCAGCGAUACUUAGAAGGAAUUGGUUUUGAAAAAUAG